AUGGCUGCUUAUACACAAUUUGGAUAUGGCGGUUAUCCGUCGGCAUCACAGUUACUCUCAGCCAGUGCCACACACUCACCACAAACUGGCGAUACGGCAAGCGGUCCUGCAGCCAUGACUAGUCCAAAUGCUCCAGCUCAGAGUCCAUCAGGCGAAUGUCGUACAAAUGUUUCAACAAAUGUACCCCAGUCGAAUAAUCCCAGCGGUGCCAGUGGUGCACCUGAGGUAUCAACUGGUGCUCUUAGUCCGGAUGGAUUGUCACAACAUUCGAAUAAUGUUAGCGGCACACAAAAUCCUGCAACAAAUACCAACAUGGAAAAUACCCCACAUGGUUCGAACAGUGCAGGAUCGGCUGGCGGUGGUUCCUGUUGUGAAAAUGGCCGACCAAUAAUGACUGAUCCCGUUUCCGGUCAGACAGUGUGCUCCUGUCAAUAUGAUUCGGCUCGUUUGGCUCUAUCAAGUUACUCAAGAUUGCCGGCGGCCAGUGUGGGUGUCUAUGGUACACCAUACCCAUCGACGGAGCAGAAUCCCUACCAAAGUAUUGGAGUUGAUAGUUCGGCCUUUUAUUCGCCUUUGAGCAAUCCUUAUGGUUUGAAGGACACAACAACGGGUACUGAUAUGUCAGCAUGGACAUCGGCUGGAUUGCAGUCAACUACCGGUUAUUAUUCAUACGAUCCAAUGUCUGCGUAUGGCUACGGAGCAUCCUACGAUUUGGCAGCUCGACGCAAAAAUGCCACCAGGGAAUCAACGGCCACUUUGAAAGCUUGGUUAAAUGAACACAAGAAAAAUCCCUAUCCGACAAAGGGAGAAAAAAUAAUGUUAGCCAUUAUUACGAAAAUGACAUUGACUCAGGUAUCCACCUGGUUUGCGAAUGCUCGAAGACGACUGAAAAAGGAAAACAAAAUGACAUGGGAACCCAAGAAUCGUACCGAUGACGAUGAUGAUGGCAUCAAUUCGGAUGACGAUAAAGAUGACAAAGAUGAUGAGCCGGCUAAAGGGCAAUCAAUGCACUCGGGAAAUUCUCAAAUGGGUCAAUUGGCUGGUAGAAAGGAUCUCGACAAACACGAUUCCACAGAUGAAGAUCAUCAAAUGAAAUCCCUCAAUCAUCCUGGCGAUUUGCGUAUGGGUUUAAAUUUCCCCGGUUCUGGUUAUCCUGGUUCCAGUCAUCCGCAUAGCUAUCAUCCCUAUCAUCAACAUCCGGCCUACUAUCAACACCAACAGUCAAUGUUCUCUUCCAGCUAUCCGCAUGCAAGCGGUGAGAGUUUGAUUGGCAAACAUGAUGUUAACGAUCCAAAAAACCCCAUGAGCCGGGACUGUGGCGUACCAAUUCCAGCCAGCAAGCCGAAAAUCUGGAGUUUAGCCGACACAGUCGCCAGCAAAACACCACCACUACACUCGGCAGCCUACAUGAGUCAUCUGCAACAGCAGCAGAGGCAAAAUCUGCAGCAGCAACAACAACAACAAAUGUCGCAGCAGCAGCAGUCGCAUCCUAUGCAGCAGUUGCAGCAAAUGAGCAGUUUAAUACCGGCAGUUUCACAAAGUACCAACAACAACAGCAGCAAUAUGAUGAGUGGAAACUACAGCAUAAAUCCCUAUACACGGGGGCCCUCUACAGCUUACGAGAAUUUUCUAGGGGCUAUGGCUACCAACAAUAUGCCUCCUUACAACAACAGCAGCAACAACAUCAGCAAUACAACCAACAAUCACAACAGCAGCAGCAGCCAAUCCAUUUCCAACAACAAUCACCACAGCAAUCCACAUCAGUCCAACUCUCAACAGCUUUCUCCCAACACCCCGCCUACUACAACGCAAGUCCCAAACGUUCAUCAUACCCAACAACAGCAGCAACAACAACGAACACCCUCCACGACUCACCAGCGGGGGAUGGGGUUUCCCGAAGCCCAACCAGAUACUCCACCCCAAACUCCACCGAAUAUGAAAAUACCGAACGUUCAGUUGGCCACGAAUCUCUUGCUUACCGCUACUCAAGCCCAUAUGACCGCUACCUGCCACAACAUCAGCAGUAACCACCAUCCUCAGGGUAAUACCUAUGGCAACGGUUCCAAUCGUUCCUAUGGCGACUAUUCACCAAGAGAUGAAAAUUCUGUUGGCAGUUCAUGCAGUUCCGGAUCGGCGUCCUCACAUGAUCCAGAACAAUUAGUAUACAAAUCGAUAUUUAAAAGUCAACGUCGCAAGAUGGAUAGAAAGGCAAUAAUUGGAUAUCUUGUUGGAUAUGACGGCGAUGAGAGAUAUCGUGUCUACAUCAAAGAGCGAAAUGCCGUAGAAAUAUCCAGAGAUGUGAUAUUUUCAGAAAAAAUUAAAGGUUAUUCGGAAGCUGUUGAAAGUACAGAGAGAAAUUAUUGGAUUCAAGCCAUGAAAUUAGAGAUGAGUUCAUUAAUGGAAAACAAUACCUGGGUACUCUCGAAUCUUCCCAAAGGAGCGAAGGCACUCCCGUCAAAAUGGGUUUAUCGAAUCAAAACAAGACCAGAUGGCAGUAUUGAGAAGUACAAGGCAAGAUUGGUUAUAAAAGGAUUUAAGCAAAAAGAAGGAGUAGACUACGAUCAAACAUUCAGUCCAGUAGCAAGGAUGUCUAGUAUACGAUCAGUCUUAAGUAUUGCUGCAACUGAAGGAUUACAUUUGUCACAAUUCGAUGUAGCUACAGCAUUUCUCUAUGGUGAACUGAACGAGACAGUUUACAUGGAACAACCAGAUGGUUUUAAUGAUGUGAUAAAAAUUGACAAUACGGCUGCAAUACGUCUGGCAAAGAAUCCAGAAUUUCAUAAGCGUACAAAACACAUUGACCUGAAACAUUUCUUCAUACGUGAAAAGGUUACGGAAGGUUUAAUAUCAACAUUGCAAGUUUCUUCUGAGAAUCAACUAGCUGAUCUAAUGACCAAACCCCUACCAAAGCCACGUUUACAAUCCCUAUUUAAUUUGAAUAUCAGUUCUUACCAACAGCAAACCAGACCAAUGGGUUAA